AUGGCAUCUGAUACCUCAUUCCCUCAAGUGAAGUUGGAAUGUCUUGAUACCAUCGCAUACGGAACAUUCCAAAUCAAACAGUCACCUGGAUACCUUGUGGAACAUCAGACAGAUAACAAUGAUUAUGAGAUUUGGGUCAACCAGCAUGAUGAUGAUCUCAUUCCCGUCACAAGUCUCAAACGAAGUAGAAUGUUUGGAUUCAAUUUGAGGAGAAAGAAUGAACGCGAUCGUUUGAAGGCAUACUGUUGUGAACUCAGUAUGUUGUUGUUGAAGGAACUCAGUAUGUUGUCAUUGAAGGAACUCAGUAUGUUGAAGGAACUCAGUAUGUUGGCUGUUGAAGGAACUCAGAACUCAGUAUGUUGGCUGUUGAAGGAACUCAGUAUGUUUGCUGUUGAAGGAACUCAGUAUGUUGCUGUUGAAGGAACUCAGUAUGUUGGCUGUUGUAGGAACUCAGUUUGUUUUCUGUUGAAGGAACUCAGUAGGCGAGGCUACGGAGGAAGUUCUGGUCUUGGUAGCUAUGGAUACGGCAACUACUCGUUCACCCUCCCUAGCAAUGGAUAUACAGGGCCGGCUCUAAACAGCUACAGCAGUGGUUUAUCCACAUACGACGCAAUGUCACGAUAUGGCCGAACAUAUGACAGCAGUUACAACCCACGAAACUACGAUUCAUCAACGAGGUCAUAUGAUAUUGGGUCAAGGUCACGCGACCUUGGAGCGUCCUCUAGAUAUGACGCAUCCUCUGCAACUGGGAGUUAUGGCAGCGAUUUGAGUCAUCAGUAUGCUACUGACUAUAGCCUUGACAGUGGGCGGGGCUAUGACAGUGGGCGUGGCCUAGAUAGUGGGAGGAGUUACGACACAACAGGCUCUUCCGGCUACGACUCGCGCGGAUACAUUAGCCCACGUACGGGGAGCUCAGAUCUAGGAUACAGCUCAACAACUAGGUACGGCCGAAGUGACUAUACAGACAGAUCAGCAGAUGUAACUUUAAGAGAUAAACCAAAGGAGGAUGAUCUUGACUCUCACAUCGUAAGGCGACGAUAUCCGGGAACCAAAUACAAGGACCAAGAUCUUCCCUUAGGACAAAAACAUGGCGUCAACAAGGAUGAUGAUAUUGCAUUGUACAAGGCUUCCUAUCGCAGAUAUCGUGAUUCUUACGGCGAGGAAGACAAAUCAGAUUCAGAUAGAGGGUCUCUAGCUUCCUCACGAAGGGAAUCUGAAGAACGGGACCCUAUAGCAGAAAUAAAACGCAAGUAUCAAAGAAAGAAACCAGAUACUAUAAAUGAAACUGAGGCAACACUUUCAAAAACAGAACCAGUUGAAAUAUCUCAAAGUACGCUAUCAGACAGGUUAAGAUCAACUAGUGAGCAUUUGACUUCUCCAAAGAGCGGAGUUCAAAGGUCACAGAGCGAAAGAGGUGCAAAAUCCGAUCAAGCAGUAAUGGAACCACCUGGUGCGGUGGAUGCUGAGGCUGACACGAUGCCGGUCUGGAGGAAGCGACGUCUAGAACGAGAACAAAGACGGAGAGAAUUUCUUAACAUGAGUGAAAACAAAUCCAAGGAAAGAGAACGAAUAAAAUGUGAAGAAAGUGAAACCAAGGACAAAGACAGUGAACAUUCAGUUAAAAGUGAAAGUAGGGUCGGUGAUAAAAGUGAAAAUAGAACAGAGACUGCAAGAGAUCGAUUACAGCGAUUGAAGGAUGCCAGGAUACCUCCAAAAAGUUCUAGUAUAGAUUCUGUUGAAGAGGGAAUGUCACUGGAGGACAGUGAUAGUGCCAGAGCAUUUAGUGCAGAGGCUGUGAAAAAAAUUCUUCUUCAAAGAGACAGUCCUCUUUUAAGGACAAAAUAUGCCGAGGCAAAACGUAAAAAAGAAUUAGAAAAGGAAGGAAGUAGAGAAGAAACACCACUUCCUAGUACGGAUGUUAAAACUGAUAAAAGAGAAAGUGUUAUUUCGCCAUUAUCCUUCAAAGCCGAUAGGUUAAAGGAUGUGGAAACUUCUAGGACAGCAUCCAGGUUUGGAUCAACGCAGAAUCAGGACUCGCCUCUUUCUUCUUUAGAGAGGAAGUAUUCGGAUAGAGAUUCUUCUGCUUCAGCAGACAGGACUUCUUCAAGGCUUGGAUCUGAAUCUGAUAGCAAGUCUCAGCAAAAGUCCCGAUUAGGCUCCGAUAGUAAAAUCAUGACUCUUGAACAAAGGAUAUCAGCCAGAAUUGGAUCAGAUUCAAAUAGGUUUUCUUCCAGAGAUGAAGUGACAGGUGUUAGUGAUUCAGGAACGAUGUCAUCCUUAAAUAGGUCACAGUCUGCUAGGGCACCUGGAGGUCAUGACCUUCGAACAGAGAAAGUUUCAUCCCAACCGGAAUCUAAAUUUUCCAGUUCAUUAAGUAGAAGUCAUUCUUCUAGAGAGGAGAAAGAUGGGUCCCGAUUGGCGACAGCAUUAGAAAAGAAAUAUUCCUUAAGGGAGCCAUCUGACUCAGGUAUUGGUGCAAGGUCUGUGUCAGAUACUCGGUCUUCAUCCUCAUCUGUUGAUAUGCGGUCUGCAUCAACAUCAUCCACGGACACAAAAUUGAGGACUGCAUCUAGUUCUUCUGACACAUCAUCUGUCUUUGUAGAUAAGUAUCCUUAUAAGCCAUCCAUGUCCUCCACUGACUCUAAGUCCUCAUUGGAACGGUCUUCCAGAGAGUAUGGUAUAAACAGGGGAUCUACUUCCUCAGACCCCAAGUCUUCCACACUGUCUCCAUCACCAUACCAACAGAAAACAGACAGUAUUAUGCCAGGUACAGAUUUAGAACAGAAGAAAGGUGAAGGUAUUGUUAGAGGAAGUGAAUCCAACAACAUCAGAUCAAGAUACAUGGAUGCUUUAAAAACGUCCGAUAUCACAAGUAAGAGAGUCGAGAAAUCUUUAGAGGAGAGUAAAAGAUCAGAAAAAGAAAGAGCUUUUGCUAAUAAAGAAACGUCUUCAGAUAUACAAAGACCUAUUCCAGCUGAAAGACAGUCAAAGAGAGCGUCUACAUCGUCUGUUAGUUCUGAUACCAAGGAAGAACAAGUGAGAACACCAAGUGUUUCUUCCGUAGGUGAAGGAGAAAAACGUAAAAGUACAGAAAUCAAACGACAUAAAGGAUUGAAAGAAAGAUUGCAAGAAAAGGACAAAAUCAGAAUGAAAAUGUUGGAAAGUGUGAAACAGAAACAAGAACAAAAAGCCAAGAUGGAUGAUAAAAGUGCUGAUGUGGAUGUUAAAGUUUCUACUAAAGUAACAACUGUUGAUAUUACUGCAACAAAUUCUAAGAAUAAGCAGAACCUUAAUGUCACACAGAAAAGUGUUAGCACUAAUGUAUCCCAAAGUGGCAGAGAAGUCAAACCAUCUCAGGAGACAGUUAGUGUUAAAACCGAUCUAACAUAUAACUCUAAUGUCGUCCUCGAUAAAAAACAACCAGACAGAAAAAAUUUGGAAAGUCUUCAAGCAAAAUCUGCUACAAAAGUUGACACAAAAUCAGCACCCAAGGUUGUCAUGGAGACAACAACAAAAGUUGAAACAAAAUCAAAUAUUGACACUUAUACUGCACCAAAGGAAGACGAUAACACAAAUGAUGAUGAAAGUCAGAAAGGACUCGAAGAAGCACGCUGCAUUAAACCAAGUGACUUAAAAUCAAGAAAAAUUAAACAUUAUGUUCGGUCAAAGUCAAGUCAUCUACAGGAAGACGUAGGAAAUGAAAAACAGGAAAAUGAAACACUAAAGACUCCUGAAGUCAGUGAAUCUACUCGUAAGACACAGAAGCCAUAUGGGCAAGUCAGAGCUAAGACCACAGAUGUUGCAAGUUUGCUUGCUAAAGGUCAAGAAGAACCAUUGUCACCCUCAAAUGGAAUCUCACAGGAAGUGGAAAGUCCGUCUAAUACAGAAUUAAGUCGUAUGGAAAGAAUUGCGCUGUACAAAGAUGAACGACGUCGUCAGCUUGCCUUUCUUGCUGCUAAAUUUGGUGAUGGUGACAAAACAAGUGAAAAUAUCAAAAUGUCUGACAUUGCUCCUUCCCUAUUCCAUACUUCUGCGAGUCGAGGUAACGGAAGUAAUGAGGAUAUUUCAAAACUGGCAAGGUCGCGAAGUUUGAAAGAAGGUUCCCCACUGAAAAUGGUCCCGUCUGUAAUAUCACGUUCAAGCAGUCUAAGGGAUGGUUCACAGAGGUUGACGGCAAGCCCUGAAAGAGAUGCACAAGACGGGAAAGUGUACCUUGCCAGUAAAUUUUCCAAAUUUCGAGAACGUUUUAACGAUAGUGAUAUUUCUUCCACAGCUGAGGAAGAUUCGCAAAGGAAGGCUGGUUAUCCUGAAAAGGAGUUGUCUUCCCUUGAAAUUAGACGUCAACGUCUUCUUUAUGGAGAAGCUCAGUUUGACAGUGGGAAACUUCUAAGUGUACAGCCAGAAGAAAAAUUAGAAAAGCAAGACAGUACUGAAGACGAUAAACCUCAGAAAAAGAGGAGACAACUCCCCAAUAUUCCAGCUGCAUUGGGAGGUACACCAGAACCUCAGAUGUUUGAGGGUGAGGAAGAUAUAGACUCUCAAUCGUCUUCUUCUGGUUGCUCACCUGCCACUGUGAUGAGUGUACAAAGUAUUGAGGCUGAUAAGACCUCAAUUGAUUCAUCGAAAGUAAAAUCUGAAACUGUGGCUAUAAAACCUACGGUGUCCCAACAAACUGAAAUGGUGGCUUCACGGCAGGCACAGCCUGAUACUCCCAAAGAAACAAUGGGAUCUAAUGUCAGAGAUCUUCAGUGA